CCGUAUAUUAACCCCCCACCGCUGUCGAUCAGUAUGUUCAAAUAUAAUGCUAUUUUUAUAGACAAUCUAGUUGGCAUUUGGCGCUUUAUGGGAAAUUACGAAGCAAUUUUUCGAGGCAAUUAUCGAAAUUUUACCAAAUAAAGAAGCUCGCUGCCCGCGCACAGUAAAGUCCAGAAUCCAGAGAUCAUGUGCAGCCACGGCAAGUUCAAUCCGUUCUACAUUGGACCGUAUCCGGACUGCGCCUGUGGGGAUUGUCCGUAUGGCAAGUAUUCGGGAUUCACGAGAUGUGGUUGGAGUGGCGGAAACGGACCAUUCGGCACCACCUUUUGUGAUCCCUGCUGCGGCGAUUCUGCGUUUGGAAACAGUUGUGGAGGCGGUGGUUGUGGGCCAACCUGGAAUCCUUUCUGUAAUCCUUUUUGUGGGCCAUCCUGUGGACCAUCCUGUGGACCAUCCUGUGGACCAUCCUGUGGACCAUCCUGUGGACCAUCCUGUGGACCAUCCUGUGGACCAUCCUGUGGACCAUCCUGUGGACCAUCCUGUGGACCAUCCUGUGGAUCAUCCUGUGGACCAUUCUGUGGGCCAUCCUGUGCACCAUAUUGUGGACCAUCUUGUGAACCAUCUUGUGGACCAUCUGGUGAACCAUCUUAUGGACCAUCCUUUGGACCAUACUGUAGACCAUCCUGUGAUCCCUUUUGUGGCUCGUUUUGUGGUCCUUUUUCACCUGGAUGCAGGGGAAACUGCUGUUGUGGACAAACCUGCUGCUCCUGCUGCUAAAUACCUAUGGCAUCUGGACUUUAAUGUGUGCGGUUAAUUGGUUUCUUGAGCAAAAUUGAUUGUAUAGCAUGAACAAUUAUGUUUAUCCCUGUUCGGGUUGAAGAGGA